AUUUGGUGCCUGUUGUCGAGCUUGGUGACCCGGUAUCCGCGGUUCUGCUAGAUGGCUCGGUGCCCGCUGACAUGCCCGGUGACUCGGUGCCUGCUGACUUGCCAGGUGACUCUGUGCCCGCGGUUCUGCUAGAUGGCUCGGUGCCCGCUGACGUGCCUCUGCCCGCUGCACAGCUCGACAUGCCAGCCCCUGAUGUCCAGCUAAACUGGCCAAUAACUGAUUCCCAGCCUACUCCUGGAAAUCUUGUGCCCAGUGACCUGCCUUCCUGGGUUCUCCUACGCAAAGAGAAGUCUACCAGCAGGAAACCCAGCCAGCCGGUUUACUCCGGCAGUUGGAUAUUCAGCCAGUUACCUGACCCGGGUGGUGGAACAUUUUGCCCACUAAGGACUGUCUGGAGCGUCCUGAGGCCGCUCCUUGAGGGGGGGGGGGGUACUGUCAGGAAUGGACUCAGCACUGGUGGUGGGACUCGCCUGCCGUGUGGGCUGCAGUACCAGAGCUGACCAGCGGGUGCUCUCAGCAAUGGACUCAGCACUGGUGGUGGGACUCACCAGCCGUGUGGGCUGCAGUACCAGAGCUGACCAGCGGGUGCUCUUUAGCA